CAACACCAGUGAGCCUCAUAACCAAGCUACAUGUACCACCGAAACGGAUCACAUACGCAUACCGGUACCUUUGAUAAUAUAAUACUUGUAGUAAAGCACUGCCCAGCCCACACACCGCCUGGGCUAUGCGCAGCCAUACUGCCGGUCUGCGACAUGUAUCGUCAAUUCUGCAGCUCAAUAACACCUUAACCUCAAAUCGCUCAGUUUUUUGCGGUUUGUGCCGUCCACCACACAGGACUCUGUGUUAAAGUGUAUCUUCUCCGAUCGGCACCAGCAAGCAACAGGUCUAUAGCUAUGCCUUGCUGCUACGGCUUAUGAGCGACCUUUUGUCACAUGUUUAAUGCCUCUCUAGACAUCUGGACUUUUUAGUUCGAGGAACAGCUGAACCACUGCCCAGGUAUCCUAUAGAUUCCACGAUGUCAUAUGCGUACGGGUACGCUGUCAACGACAUCAUUGCUGUAUUGGGUCUCUUCGAACGAAUAGCGAUCGAAUUGCGGAACUUUAAGAAUGCACCAGCGCACUUCCAACAACUCGGUGCAGAGGUUGAUCUUCUGCAAAAUGCGAUGAGGCAUGCCCUUCGCCUCAUUCCACAGAAUGACGCUCACCGCGACACCCUCGAACGCGUCAGAGCCAUUGUUAUGCACUGCCUGACACCUCUACAAGCACUGGUUCAUAAAAUGCGGACCAAGGAAUCCAGCCUGGGGCACUUUCGCACAUCGAAGAGCUUGAGCCACAUUGGGACUCGAAUUCAUUGGUCGAUGAUAGCCAAGCAAGAUAUUGAUGAGGUUCGCAUUACUAUAACGUCGGAAACAGUGGCCAUCAACAUGCUCCUUAUUGCCCAAUCAUUAGCUCAGAUAAGACAGCUUACGGACUGCGUUCAGGGUAUCGGAGAUGCCCAAUCAGCACUUAUAAAAACCCAUUCCGAUGCCCUUAUCAAGCAGACCUCCUCAAUAUUGAGCCUAGUAUCGACGAUGCCAGACACGAUCGCUGACCUGAAACUCACAACGAUCAUGAAUGAUAAGAAGCAAUCAGAGCAGGCACGGAUGCUGGAACAUGGGCUAGCAGCUGUUGCAUCUCAUGUUGGCUCUCUUUCACAGAUUGGUGUUAAAGUUUCUGGUGCACUCUCUCUGCACACAGCUUCCAUGAGGCGCUCUGUCAGGAGAUUAUUGUCUUUGAUGCGAGAUAUCAAGGAGCUCUUUGUUCUCUUGGCCACCUAUUCAAGGGACAUCCUGGAGGCUAUAGGUCAAAACACCCGCGCAUUACUUAAUAUAGCAUCCCAGAUGAAGCGAAUUAUCCGUGCUAUCGAGGCCAUUCCACUUCAUCUUACUCUUGAUAUUGUGCGACUAGAUGAUGCCUUGGGUGAGAGUUGGGCCCUACCAAUACAAGCCUGUCAAAGUUGGAAGUCUUUCUAUAAUUUGCUUUCAACUGUAGUCUAUACAAAGGAUCGACCAGGCUCUAAUCGAAUUUGGACGAUGCAAUUUGCCCUCACUAUGGCAGAUGGUGGAACGGAGCUCGAAGAAUUCAACUGGGAGAGAGUCAUCAAGCCAGGAAUUCACAUCGAGCAGGCGAUGAUAGUAACUAGAGUCGGUGCUUCUACAGAGGCUUGUCACGAGUGCAGUGAUAUAAGCUCAAGGACGCUGGCAAAGCGUCAUGGAAAACCAUGUUCCACCUGCGGGCGGUGGGUAGGCAGGCGCAAACGCAUUGUCGAGCCAGUUGUAAAACUACUUGAUACAACAAACACGUUGCCGGACGCAACUUCCGCAUUAGGCCCGGAGUUGCCUUCGAUGAGAAUAGAUGAAGAAUUGCACCAUUUCCGUCGAAUCCAAAUACGCGAGUCCUCGGGGCCAAUUCACGAUAUCGAUACUGCCGAGGCGAUAUUGAGGACGGACUUCAUGGACCCGGUCGCUAAUACCUUUCUUGCCCUCCGACUAAUUCAGCUCGCAGAGGAGGAUGGAGACCCGGAGGCACUUGAAAUGGCCAUAGAAUAUUUGGAAGAUGCUAUUUCUUCAGACAGUACGGCUGUUGACCCUUGGUAUCUUCUCGCAGAGAUAUCUAUGCUCCAGGAGGACUAUGACCAAGCCUCCAAAUACUUUCAACAAGCCGUGAUCAGGAAACCGCGGUCUCCACAAAUUUCGAUAUCGAUGGCCAACAUGUAUUAUUAUGUCGAGGAAUUCCGCAACUCUCUCGAUGCUAUCGUUCAAGCUAUACGGUUAAACCCGUACUUUUACAUGUCAUGGUAUAAUUUAGGCAUCUUGUAUGAUGCGUGUGACCAGACCGAAGAUGCCUACCUGAGCUUUGAGAGAUGCCUACAACUGAAUCCGGAUUUACCAGAUGUCCAGGCGCGGCUUGAUGUUUUGGCUGGGUUUAGAAACGGUGAAAAAAACAUACCUGAUGAUUAUAAAAUUUACGACAUGUUGCAGUGCGAGCUAAUGGCGAUGGUCGAUUUAUCAGACAAUAUUGAUGGCGCUGAGAUCGUGUUCAAUCCUAUCAUAGAAGCGGAAAAUAACGAAUAAAUAGCAAUGCAGAAUAGGGAUGCGCCUUUAAAGCUAUCAGAUGACAGUAUAUUAAAGAGCAAGCUAAAUACUAAGAGAUCAUUUUAUAAGAAGGAAUUAUUGGUAGUGGUACUGUUUAGAAGCUAGGCGACGAUUAUAAUUAUAUCAUGUUAGCUGGUAAUUAAAUACUCUGUAGGCUCUUGGACCUAAAUUUAUGGAUCUUUCAG